AUGGAAGUGACAAAGGAGUCGGUGGACGAGUUAUACUACCUCUUGGAACCAUUUAUUGACAUUGUGACGAUGAGAAACGAGGCACCCACAACAACAUGUGUGCUAGCUUCAAUGCACGAUUUAGUGUACACAUUUUUUUGUGACCAUUACUGGGAUACUGAAGGUAUCGUCCUCAAAAUGAUUCAGGACAUAGUAUCUUCAUUCUCUAAAGGACGUUACGAGAAGUUUAAGGCUGUGUCCGACGAUAACCUCAUCUUAGCACUUGAGAGUGAGUUCAUCAUCUGGAAAAGAGUCAGGAAGUGCUUGAAAACGACUUUUAUGUCCGUCGACAAUUUGGUACAUUGCAACUACGUCAACACGAUGUUAAAUUGUGCGUACCGGGAUACAUUCAUGAAACAGUCUCAAGCGGAGACAAGUAAGCGAAUAAUGGGGGAGAUAUCGAAAUGGAGACUCAACGGGAAACGUCUCA